AAAGGGGGGGGGGGCAUGCCUCUUGGCCUUCCCCCUGUGCAUACCACUGUUGUGGUUGUUCUUGUUCUUGUUGUUGACGUUCUUGUUGCGAUGUGUUGCAGGUUCCGCACGUGCCUGAAGGUCGCCGGCAACGGUCCCGCCAAUCUUGUGGGCAAGCUGUUCUUCAACGUGGUGCAGACCAAGUGCUUCGUGCUCAAGCCCAAGAAGACGUGCCUCAAGACGUCGUGGUGGGGCAAGUGCAUCAAGUGGCAGGUCAAGAAGCAAGCGCACCUCAGAGACAACACGCCGUACUAGGCGCGCCCGCGUGUGUUUAUGUGUGUUGUGCGUGAAUGAAUGAAUGAAUGAAUGAAUGAAUGAAUGAAUGAAUGAAUGAAUGAAUGAAUGAAUGAAUGAAUGAAUGAAUUUUGAAAUGUAUGAACUGUAAAGUUAUUGUAAAGUAAGCGCUGGUGUAAAGUAUGAAUAGAUCUUUCAGUGACAGUCCAACAAACACGUGAAUAGUCCGUGAUUCGAAAGUCAAAAGCCAAAAAAUUCAAUUUUUUCUGGUUGAAAAAAAUAUUACUAAUGAAAUCAGAAUGAUAUUCCCCUGUAAGCGAUUCUCGUGUUUGUUUGGGAGCCGCUUCACGUUCCUUUGUCGUCAAGUUGAUCGCAUCAACGGAAAACUUUAACCAAAAUGUUGAAAUUGGUCCCCCGCACUGAGAGAGGCAACCCCCGUCAACUCCCCAGCAAAUUUUUCUAGUUUCACUCGGAUGCUGUAUUCUCCCUUAACGGAAGCUUCACUUUUCUGAGUAGGGUGUCUUAGAAAUCUUGAUGGAUCUGGGACUCUGUGCAGGGGUUGUAGUUUUCUUAGUGUGAGGGACCACUGCUUAGUCAAAUUGUAAAUAUUUGUAAUUAUGUAAUUUAGUGAGUGAAUGUGAGUGUUGGAACGACGCAUUUCGGGAUAAGUUGCUGAAGAUAAAUCUCUCAUCAAAUGAAUUCGCGUGUUCGACACCCACAGAGGUUUUGCCCUGUGCGCCUGGAAGAUAGGCCAACCCGGUUCACAAGGCUUGGUUCACAGCACAGCCUACCCCUUCAUUACUAUGGCGCUCUGGGUGCCUCUAAAGAAGUUUUAUUUCGAAGUCAGUGAAAUGAGAUCCCAAUUUAUGUCCAACAUGAGCAAGAGGGUAUCGACGAAGAUGCCUUAGUGGAGCUCGCAUUCACUUCAAAUUUUUACAGUCCACUUUGGAGGCGAAACUACCAUGGAUUUUGGUAUGGUCGGAGAAUGGGGAAUAAUAAGUCAGUAUUAUGAUGGGUUGUAAGCUCUGUAAGUAGAAAUGUCUAUUUGUGUAUUUGGACUUACGGUUGAAAUGACAAUAAUAGUGGAAAGAAGCGGGUAGAUAUCGUUAAGUAUGACGAGAUGAGCUUGCAGCCCUGUGUGUAGGUUGAAUAAUUUAUCAAUGAGAAGAACCCGUGUGUGUAUUGUGUGUAUAUAUAGCUUAAGAUAGAGUCACACGUAGAAAAGAAAAUCCCGCCGAGUACCGAGGGACACGGUACGUCGAUUCCACGUCGAGCGGACGUCGCUUCGACUGCCAUUUCCCAUUCUGGUCGAGAUUUUGAUCGCUUUGCUGUAAUGAAGGUGUUGAUUGUCAGAACGCAGAGCGUGGAAUCAUUCACGGAGAAAAUCGCUCUGCGAUUGAGAUGUGGUUGUAUCAAUGUUUUGUUACUUAAUUACAAUUGUUACCAUCGAAGACCGAUUAAAAAAAAA